AUGCCUACAGACAAGAAGGACUUGGAUGAAACACCUGUAUACCUGUCAGCAAGUCAGGUUCUCCAUAAAAUGGAGGAAUUCUGUCACUCCAGGUCUAGGUCUUGUGAGAAGGACUCAGAUCCUAAUGCAGAAAGAGAUGCUGUUCCCUUGCCUUAUCCAGCUGAAAAUUUUCAUGACAGUAAUCAUUGGCAUACAGAGAAGGUGACCAACAUGCCAGCUCAGUCUAUGGUAGAAGCAGAACAUGGCCAUAAAACAUCAGGAGAGUCUCUAAGAAAGAACUCUGGCAGGAAGAAAUCUUCACCUAUAUCAACACCUGGAGGAUCCUCUCAGGGCACUGGCCAUAUAGGGUAUGUUGCAAUGCCCCUUAUGCAGUCUGGAGUGCUUCCUGUUCUUCCAAGUGGAGGAAAUGCUCUAUUUGUUUUUUCUGGAAGCACAAAACCAGUCAUUUCUGGGGUCCCAGUAUCACUUGCUUCAGGCUUGAAUAUCAUUGGCCUACAUGAAAAUCUUUUAAAAGACGGGGAAGAGAUGAGAGAACCAAAAGUGAAACAAGCGAAGAGAAAGAAGCAGGCAUCUAAAGGUGUAUUAGGACAUAAGAAAACUUCUAAUGCUGCUCCCCAAAGUCUUGUGGUUCACCAUGAUUCUGUGCAUAAGACUCCUAGUAUCUGCUCUAUGAUUGCUGAGACCCAAAGAAAUCCCUGUGAUCAACAAAGUACAACCUCUUGCAGUACAUCUUCUCCAGUUCCAACUAUGCUUUCGCCUUGCAAAGUGACAUCUAUCGAGGUCAGCUGUGAUAAAAAUGGUGAAUGUUAUGAGCGAUUGUGGCCAGCACCCAAAGACAAGCUGCCACUAAAGCAGCUGGAUGGAAGUUCCCCUGGGAAUGGUGUGUUGCAAACUGACAAUAAUAUUCACAUGAUGACAACAGCAUCACCAUCACAGGAAUCAUGCUUGAAUGUGCAGAGGAAAUUUAGGAAGUGUCUAGAGCAUCGAAGAACAAAAAAAAGUGCAAAGAUGGUGAAAGUUCAUCAUACAUACUUGAAUGUGUCUCAAAAAAAGCUUCCCAGGGAAGAUCCAAUAGAAGUAGAGUCAUAUUGCCAUGAAGUUAGACAGUUACAUGAUCUUCACAUGGCUUUGAGGCUCAGUUACUGUGACCUUUAUCCUCUUGGCCUUUUGUCUUCUGAUGAUGAUGAAGACAGCAACUGUGAUAUAGUUGUUGGCCAUCAGCAACACUGGUUCUCUGUUGAUCGGAAAGGGAGUUCUGGAGCAGCUUUUAGUACAUGUCAAGUCUCCUGUGACCUCCCAUAUUUGCCACUGGAGCAUGUGGCACUUCCCAGUGAGCACCUCCAACAGUUGGAUCGAGGUGAGGAGAUGCGUCUGGUUUUGCGGGAUUUGAAGGCCCAAGUGGUUCAGAGAACUCGUGGCUUGAAGCUGGCAUCUAAGUGUGUUUCAAGAAGGUAUGUACGACAGCUGAUGGCUGCAGCUAGAGCGUCUCCCUGGCAAACAGCCGAGUUUGUUCGAAAGCUGGCACAGAAGGGAAAGCUAGCCUCAAGAAAUCCCCAAAAACGUGCCCGUGGCACUCCACUUCUGAAGCGUCACAAACGAAGAAAGAAGAAGCCAAAAAUACUUCAAGAAGAUGAAAAGGGUCAGAGAAAUCCAGGUUACAUUCGACCAAUGAGUCCUCCUAUGAUGCCUUCUCCAGAAUCAGAAUCUUGUCAGAUAUAUGAUUCUACACCUGACAUUGAAGAAAUGGCUGUCCUUGAUUUCCCACACCUGUGUGAAUCUGUCUCAGCUCAACUUCUUGAAGAGCCCUAUUUGAGAGAGGUCCUCAACAAGCUCCCUGAGGAUGCUUUCACUGACAUAUUUUCUUCAGUACUCCCUGCCACUACCUCAUCUCACUCAUCCCAUGUGCAUGAUCGAUGCAAGAAGAUGUUGAAUCUCAAUUUAAGUCACAAAGUACAAAAGAGGAAGGUGGCCCGAAGAGGACGGAAGCCCAAGCGGGAAGUGAUCCUUCCCCCUCCUCGUCCACCACCUGUCGUCAUGCAUCUUCCUUUGGACGUGGAAGGAAGAAUGGUUCAAUAUCUACAGGUUUUGACUCCACAGGGAACAACAAGUACUCCCAGUGCCAUGGUGCUUUCCUCGCCUGUUCCGUAUUGUCAGAUGAAGAAUGGCCUCAUUGCAUCUUCAUCUCAGCCUAUGCUUUCCUGUGCACCAAGUGAGUCUUCCCCAAAUGCCAUGAUGGUCCAAACACAAAUGCAGGCUCUGCCCUAG